CGCUCGCGCCUCACCGGGUUUUCCAGCCUUCUUCCCCCCCUCCCCAUUUCCCCUUCCUCUCCUCCUUCCCCCCCCUCCUCCGGGCCGCCAUGUACCGGGCUCUGUACACCUUCCACUCGGCCGAGCCGCACUCGCUGCACUUCACGGCGGGCGAGAGCUUCGUUAUCCUGGAGCGGAGCAACCAGCACUGGUGGUUAGCAUCCAAGAGCAGCACCGGGGAAGUGGGCUACAUCCCGGCCUCCUACAUCCAGAAAGACGAGUCAAAUCAGCAAGACCUGGUUCUUCAAUCCAUAGACCGAGCUAUUGAAGCCAUUCACAAUGCAGCAAUGGAAAAUGGCGGCAAAUACAAUCUAGAACAGCGGGAGGUUCUACAGAAACUCAUUCAUCAUCGAAAGGACACAGUUGCCCGAAAAGGUUCAACUGUAAGCCAACAGAAGGUGAUCCUGACGCCCUCCACUGAUCAUCAGCAAGAAACUGAUCGCAAACCAAAUGGACUGAGCAAGAUUCCAUACGACCAAAACUCGAGUCCGGUAAAUGCAACUUCUUCAGACAAUUUCUAUCAGGUACCACCUCAACCUCGACGUGCUGCUCCUGUUGCUCCUCCAGAACUUGAAAAACAUAAGGAAUUGCUCUCUGGAUCAUUACUGAAGCCAAAAGAGGAUGUUGAUAAAAUCCCUCCAAGGACUGUGUCAGCUGUUUCCUAUGUGAGUACAGCUUCUCUUGACACUGUAUACACUGUAUCCUCAACCUCUUCUGAGCUGCAUCAGUCUACAGCCACCCCCAGUCCUUCAGGAACCCCUCCACCUCUUCCAACUCGAAGCACAUACACUGCCUCAAAGCAUCCAACCAGCAUACCCACCCAUUCUAACAUAAGCCCAGCAUCUUUGUCUAACGCAAAUGAAUUUUCACUCAAUCCUAAGAGCCAGCUACCAUCACCGCUCCUCCUGGACUUGGAUGCUGAAAGCCUCCACGGUAAAAAUCAGGAGAAACAGUCUUCUUCUUCAGUGUCUACAUCUCCGAGCUCUUUGGUGAAGUCCAUCAAACCUGUGAUAUCGGUGCCAAAAACGAUCGGUGCAGAAUUGAUCGAGCUAGUGCGCAGGAAUACAAAUCUCAGCUAUGAACUUUCGAGAGUAGCAAUCGGUGUUAUGGUAGGGCACAUUCAGAGUUCAGUCCCCACCACGGCUGAGAUCAUGGAACAGAUUCUGGUUUCUCUGGUGGAAAGUAAGGAACUCAGUUCAGCAUUACCAAAGGGACAGGUAUGUCAGGAUGAGCAGCGACUUGAUGUAAUCUUUGCUGAUUUGGCAAGACACAAAAAUGAUGCACAACAAAGGAGUUGGGCAUUGCAUGAGGAUGAGAGUGUAAUUUCCUGUUAUCUGGAAGAACUGCUGGCCAUUCUGACUGAUGCAGACCCAGAGGUUUCUAAGAAAAUGGCCAAGAAAAAUCACUUUGAACCAGUUCUUUCACUUGUCGCUUAUUAUCAGAUGGAACACCGUGUUGCAUUGCGGUUAUUGUUACUGAAGUGUUUCGGAGCAAUGUGCAAUUUGGAUGCAGCCGUCAUCUCCACAUUGGUCAACUCUGUGCUGCCCAUGGAACUUGCACGUGACAUGCAAACUGACACCAAAGAACAUCAGAAGCUUUGCUACUCAGCACUGCUCCUAACAAUGAUAUUUUCCAUGGGGGAGCCAAUGCCAUAUCAUCAUUACGAGCACUUGAACGCGGAAUUUGUGCAAUUCCUUCUGGAUGUGGUUGAAGAUGGACUGUUGUCAGAUUCUACUGACCAGCUACCAGAUUUGUUUGUGAACGUGAUGCUCUCCUUCAACCUCCACAUACUUGUGCCAUCCAACAAUAUCGUCAUGACAACACUGGCAAAACGGGAAAAUGUAAAAGUAAUUACUGAAAAAUUACUGCUGCUACUAAACCGAGCAGAUGACCCAGUUUGUAUCUUCAAACAUCAACCUCAGCCACCACACUCCGUACUAAAGUUCCUGCAGGAUGUGUUUGCCGACAAGAGCACUGGCAACAUUUUCUAUCGCACCGACAUGAUGGUGAUGAUCGACAUUAUUGUGCGUCAAAUCUCUGAUCUCUCCCCAGGAGAAAAGAUUAGAAUGGAGUACCUCUCACUGAUGCAUGCAAUCGUGCGCUCAACAGAUUACAUGUGUCACCAACAUCGCCUCCCUGACCUGCAGGCCACAUUCCAGCGAAUCCUGGCAGAGGAGGAGGAUGAUCAGUCCUGCAAGAUGGACAAGCUCAUCAUCAAUGAGAUUUAUAAAGAAUUUCCUGAUAUCCAAUAGGGAGCUGACUGAAAAGGGAAUGUGGGUUUAAAGUUUGCAAUAUAUAUAUAUAUAUAUACUUAAAAGUUCAACUGAUCCUGGUAACUCUUGCUCCUAUUUGAAGGCAUUUUUUAAGGUCUUAACAGAAUCCGAGGCCUUUUGCAACCUAACGAAAGUUGUCUAAUGACUGGUAACACUUUAUAUCUCAUCUAUUUAAGUGGUGUUUCUCCUGCAGUUCCACAGCGAUGCGGCUAUGCCCAUGACUACACGUGUUCGCAACACUUGUCGAUGCAAUUCAGACAGGAUUUUCAUACAUGUAAACUAUGUGUGGAAUGUAAAUCGCUCUAGUAGAAAUGUUGUCUUGCAACUAACCCAACGUUAAACACGCACGGCUGGCUCAGAGGAGUGCUUGAUAACAUAACAAAACAAUAAUAAAUUGGUCAUUUUCAAUCCAUGACUGUUUG